AUGGUGAAGAAGACAAUCUUUGCGGCCGUGGCGAUACUGCUGGUGGCGUCCGUUGCCACCUUUGUGGGUGUCUUCUUCACCGUGGGGACGAAGAAGCUCCCAGUUCAGCCCGUGUACCUCAAGGCAGCUGUGGCAGCAGAUGCUGGGCCGUGUUCAGAGGUCGGCAGAGAUAUACUGCUGAAAGGAGGAUCUGCAGUAGAUGCCUCCAUAGCUGCUUUACUCUGUGUUGGAAUCAUGAACGCUCACAGUAUGGGCAUCGGAGGAGGACUUUUCUUCACAAUCUACAAUGCAACAACUGGUAAAGUUGAGACCAUCGACGCCAGGGAGACGGCACCAAGCAAUGCAACAGAGAACAUGUUUGGGAACAGCACAGAUUCAGCUCAGAGAGGAGGGUUGUCUAUUGCUGUACCAGGGGAGAUUCGAGGUUACGAGAUGGCACACAGGCGACAUGGUAAACUGCCGUGGAAGGACUUGUUCCAGCCGAGCAUUCUUCUUGCAGAAAACGGUUUUCCUCUGGGCAGGGCACUCGCCUCUGCUCUGUCCAAAAACGAGAAAAUCAUCAUCAAUGACCCAGCUCUGUGUGAAGUGUUUUGUCGGACACCAAGUGAAGUCCUGAAGGAAAACGAAACCAUUACAUUUACCCAACUUGCACAAACCUAUAAGAGGAUAGCUGAGGAGGGUCCUGAUGCUUUCUACGAGGGAACGCUGGCUCAGAACCUUGUCAACGAUAUUCAAGCCAGAGGCGGUAUCAUCACAAUGGAGGAUCUGAGGGAUUAUAAGGCUGUCUUGGAUGAGGAACCGUUGAGUGUGGAUGUGGGGGAGUACAAGAUGGCUGUUCCAAAUGCCCCCGCGAGCGGCCCUGUGCUCUCGCUGAUAUUAAACAUCCUGAAUGGGUACAACUUCACGUCGGACAGUAUGGGAAGCACCGGGAAUAAGAUCCUCACGUACCAUCGCAUCGUGGAGGCCUUUCGCUUUGCUUAUGCAAAGAGGACGUUGCUCGGAGAUCGGAAGUUUCUCAACCUCACCGAUCUCAUCCGGAAUAUGACUUCAAGUUUCUUUGCCAACGAGCUGCGUGAAAGGAUCACAGACGACACCACACAUCCCAUGAAUUACUAUGAGCCGGAGUUUUACGUGCCCGACAACCACGGGACCUCGCACAUGUCCGUGGUGGCAGAAGAUGGAAGCGCUGUGGCGGCCACCAGCACCAUCAACCAUUUUUUGGGCUCCAAAGUCAUGUCACGAUCCACGGGGAUUCUUCUCAAUAACGAGAUGGACGACUUCAGCUCUCCGUACAUCACAAACGGCUUCGAUGUGCCUCCUUCACCCAACAACUUCAUCAGGCCAGGGAAAAGGCCGAUGUCGUCCAUGUGUCCAGCCAUCCUCUUUGAUAAAAACAACAAGGUGAAGAUGGUGGUCGGAGGCUCGGGAGGAACUAAAAUCACGACUUCUAUCGCUCAGGUGAUUCUGAACACACUGUUCUUCGACUACGAUCUGGAAAAAGCCGUGUCGCUGCCGCGGCUCCACAACCAGCUGAGUCCCAACGCCACUGUCGCCGAGCCCGCCUUUGACAAAGACAUCAUGAAGGGUUUGGCAGCAAAGCACCACGAGACGGAGUUCCUCAAAGCGUCCGGAGCUGUGGUGCAGGCUGUGGUUCGUUACGAGGACGGACUCCACGCUCAGUCGGAUCCUCGCAAGUGGGCCUACGCUGCGGGGUACUGAGGUCGUAAACACACGCCUGUGACUGUGCAUGGAGGCUGUAGCUGUGUGAAUCUUGAAUCUGGUGGAAACUGUGAGAUUAGACAGGUUUCAAAGGGGCAGGAGCAAACCCUCAGCCGUCUUUGACAACGAUUGUUCUCUCAUUACGUUAGAAUAAUGCUCAUGUACUUCAUAGCAGCAGAUAACAGAAGAACCAUUGUUUGUUAUGACCUUGACAACAAAGUGCCUCACUCUGAAACUGAUUCUGAAUAUUGAAUCUUAAGUUUUAUUUCUGUGUCACCUCCUCUUUGUGUGUAAAUAGAAAAAUGAACUUUGAGGAAGACGUGGAAUAUUAUUUAAUAUAGUGAUACUGAAAUUAUUUUUGUGCGUGUCCCAGUCAGAAAUGUGUUUGAUUCCUACUUAUUUAUGAAGCACACGUCAUCAGCUGUGUGGAGCUGCUUGUUGUAAUGAUUUACGUUUGAAAUGUACGUGACACCCACAGUAAUAACUAACAACUAAACGCAAUAUUAAACCAAUAAAUCAAAACUCCAACAGCGAA